CAAGGGACAAGCCAAGCCAAAUAAUUUUGACAUUUUUAAUUAUAAUGAAUGAUUAGUGAGUGGCCACCUGAGGCUUUGAAAUGCUGAUAUGCCUUGAUGAUUAAUUUAAUACAAAGUAGUUUGAUAAACCUCAAGUGACUGAAUAAUUGCUGGGCUGUAGCGGUAGUUUGUGGCCGGAGCCAGCAUCGCCACUUUUGACUUUUUUUUUUUCCUGGGAACGAUUCGGUCCAUCCGGAGAAUGAAGUGCCAUGCCCAAAGCAGCCCUUCAUUGCAGGAUGUUAUGGUGUUCAUUUCGCCACUGUUAGCUGCCUCUUAGACGUAGUAACUGGCGUAUAACGGGGCCAGAUCUUGCAGCAGGUCCUGUCAACUCUAAGGGCUUUGGUGGCCCAAACGUGAGGAGCCGGAACAGCUGGUGCCUGUUAUUCCCCGUUCCAAGCAGCAGCAGCAGUCAUGGAGGAAGAGGUCAGCAUGGAGUAUUUGUUGGAUCAGGUGAUGCAGAAGGACUUAGGCAAGAGGCUCCAGGUGGGCCAGGAAGUCAUAGAUUUCAUUCUGGACGAGGAGAAGUCCCUACUGCUGGAGCAGGACCAGACCAUGCUGGACCGGAUGGUGGACGGGGUGGCUAGCUCCUGGGUCAACUCCAGCAACUUCAAGGUGGUUUUGCUGGGGAUGGAUAUUCUAUCAGCUCUGGUCAGCAGACUGCAGGAGCGGGUCAGGACACAGGUUGGAACUGUUCUGCCCAGCCUGAUGGAUCGACUGGGAGAUGCCAAGGACCAAGUUCGAGACCAGGACCAAGCGCUUCUACUGAAGAUUAUGGACCAGGCUGUGAACCCACAGUAUGUUUGGGAGCGAAUGAUGGGAGGCUUCAAACACAAGAACAACAGGACCAGAGAAGGACUCUGCCUCUGCCUCAUCUCCACCCUGAAUGUGUUUGGAUCUCAGAGUCUGAUGCUCAGUAAAAUCGUUCCUCACAUCUGUAACCUCCUCGGAGAUCCCACAAGUCAGGUACGUGACGGAGCCAUGAACUGUCUUGUAGAGAUCUACCGCCAUGUUGGCGAGCGAGUGAGAAUGGACCUGGGAAAGAAGGGCCUACCUCAGUCACGGCUCAACGUCAUCUUCAGUAAAUUUGAUGAAGUUCAGAGGUCAGGGAACAUGGUCCUUUCACCUCUGUCAGACAAAACCUUUGAGGACGAUGACUCGGUGGAUGGCGGCCGCUCCUCGUCUUCGUCCAAAGCAGCCUCGCUAUCCGGAAGAAAGGCGGUGAGCAUGGGCUCGUUUCGCCGCCCUGCCUCCGCCUCCAGCACCAAGUCUGCAGGGAGGGACGGGUCUGGUGCUGGAGCUGGAGCUGUGGAUGAGGAGGACUUCAUCCAGGCUUUUGAAGAUGUACCCACAGUGCAGAUCUACUCUAACAGGGAGGUGGAGGAAGCAAUGACAAAGAUUCGAGAUGUGCUGUCAGACGACAAGAGGGACUGGGAGCUCAGAGUGGCAGCUCUGAAGAAGGUGCGUUCGCUGCUCCUGGCCGGCGCAGCAGAGUUUGAUGGGUUUCUGCCGCAGCUGCGGCUCAUGGAGGCGGCGUUCAAACUGUCUGCCAAAGACCUCCGCUCUCAGGUGGUUCGAGAGGCCUGCAUCACUCUGGGCCACCUGUCUUUGGUGCUCGGCAGCCGGUUUGACCACGCGGCAGAGGCUAUCAUGCCAACCCUCCUCAACCUGGUCCCCAACAGUGCCAAAGUCAUGGCCACGUCUGGUGUGGCCGCCAUCCGCCUCAUCCUCCGACGCACGCACUACCCACGUCUCAUCCCCAUCAUCACAAGCAACUGUACCUCCAAAUCUGUGGCUGUCAGAAGGCGCUGCUACGACUUCCUGGACUUGCAGCUGCAGGAGUGGCAGACAGGCUGUUUGGAGAGACAUGGAACAGUUUUAAUGGAGACCAUAAAAAAAGGGAUCCAUGAUGCGGAUGCUGAGGUUCGCUCCGUGGCCAGAAAGUGUUACUGGGGUUUCCACGGCCAUUUCAGCCGGGAGGCGGAGCAGCUGUUCCAGGGGCUGGAGCUGUCCUAUCAGAAAGCUUUGCAGGCUCACCUGAGGAGCGGAGACAGUCUGACAUCGCUGCCUGCCUCGGAUCGCUCUUCCUCCUCCUCUCAGGAGAGCUUAAAUCGACCCCUGUCUGUAAAAAGCACCACCGGCAGCGGCACAACCAGAUCCAAAGCUGCCCACACCUCCAGGACGCCUGCUGCCCCCUCCUCUCCAGGUUCCCUCCAGCGUUCUCGCAGUGAUGUGGAUGUCAAUGCCGCUGCCACUGCCACAGCCCGCACCAGGAUGCCCGCCGUGUCCUCUGCUGUGCCAUCAUCGCCUUUCAGUUCAGCCUCUGCACUCCCCCCUGGAUCCUACGCUUCACUGGACGGCUCGUGCUCUGUUAAUGUAGACGGCCGAGUACGAACGCCGAGGACGAGUUCAGGAAAUGGUCCGUCAGUGACGGACAGCCGGGGUCGGAGCAGAGGGAAAGUCGUCUCACAGUCUCAACCUGGCAGUAGGUCAGGGUCUCCUGGCCGACUGCUGAGCUCCACCUACGGCAGGAUCCCCAGGUCGACGAUGGGCACCACCACCACCACCACUGCCGCCAACAGCACCGCCACCAGUCUGACUGACCAGAGCCGGCCACGAGGUCACCGCAGCCAAGGCUGCAGCCGAGAGACCAGCCCCACCAGAUCAGGCACAGCCCGGAGUCGAAUCCCCCGACCAAGCAUGAGUCAGGGCUGCAGCCGCGAAACCAGUCGCGAGAGCAGCCGUGACACCAGCCCUGCCAGGGGUUUCUCCCCCCUGGCGAGUCACCGUCACUCCCGUUCAACCAGCGCCCUGUCCUCUGCAGAGUGCUACUCAGACCGGCUGUCCCAUCAGGCUCGGAUCUCAGCCUCUGUCAACGCCAUGAGAAUCCUCAACACCGGCACAGAGGUCGAGGCUGCUGUGGCAGAUGCUCUACUCUUAGGAGAUUCGAGGAGUAAGCGGAGACCGGUAAGGCGGCGUUUUGAGUCACCAGGUAUGUACUCUGAUGACGACGCCAACAGCGACGCCUCCAGCGCCUGCUCAGAGCGCUCAUUCAACUCGCGCAACGGCAGCAUGACGCCACAGUUUCUGCGUCAAACGGAGGACGUCGCAGAGGUGCUGAACCACUGUGCCAGCGCCAACUGGUCUGAGAGGAAGGAGGGACUGCUUGGACUGCAGAACCUGCUCAAGAGCCAGAGGAUUCUCAGUCGUGUGGAGCUGAAGCGGCUCUGUGAGAUCUUCACCAGGAUGUUUGCUGACCCUCACAGCAAGAGAGUCUUCAGCAUGUUUCUGGAGACUCUGGUGGACUUCAUCAUACUGCACAGGGACGACCUGCAGGACUGGCUCUUUGUCCUGCUCACCCAGCUGCUGAAGAAGAUGGGGGCCGACCUGCUGGGCUCCGUUCAGGCCAAAGUCCAGAAGGCCCUGGACAUCACCAGAGAGUCUUUCCCGUAUGAGCAGCAGUUCAACAUCUUGAUGCGUUUCAUUGUGGAUCAGACGCAGACGCCCAACCUGAAGGUCAAGGUGGCCAUCCUGCGCUACAUCGAGGCCCUGGCUCGCCAGAUGGACCCGGCUGACUUUGUCAAAUCCAGUGAGACGCGCCUCGCUGUCUCGCGUAUCAUCACCUGGACCACAGAGCCCAAGAGCUCCGAUGUCCGGAAGACGCUUCAAAGCUGGGCAGGGGAGGAUUUCUCAGGCCGAGCCAGCACCGUGGCCUCAGUGCCUGGAGAGGGCAACCUGGAGGAGAGGUGCAAGCAGGCGGCCCAGGUGGUGCUCAUUGCCCUGUUUGAGCUCAACACUCCAGAGUUCACCAUGCUGCUAGGAGCUCUGCCCAAAACCUUCCAGAACGGGACCACCAAGCUGCUGCACAACCACCUGAGGAAUGCCAGCAUUAAUAGCGGCAUUGGAAUGGCGUCUCCAAGUAACUCAGCAGGUCGGACGCCUCCACAGCAGCCCAGCAGCUGCAGCAGCCCGCUCACCUCGCCCACCAACUGCUCCCAUGGAGGUCUUUCUCCCAGUCGGCUGUGGGGUUGGAGUGCAGACGGGCUCUCCAAGUUCCCUCUUCCACCCUUUCCCUCCCCUCUUCCUCCACCCACUGCCCACUCCUCCCUCAAGGCCCUGCGGCGAGCUUACUCACCCAGCAUGUUGGAGUACGACAGUGAGAACCUGAACUCAGAGGAGAUCUACAGCUCUCUGCGCGGUGUCACUGAGGCCAUCCAGAACUUCAGCUUCCGCAGCCAAGAAGACCUGAUGGAGCCGCUGAGACGGGACAGCAAAAGGGAUGGCACGUCUGGAGUCGCGGCGUCCUCAGACCCAGACCCUCGGCUCAGUGGUGAUGUGGUGGAAGGUGGGCGCACAGCUCUGGACAACAAGACCUCACUGCUGAACACACCUUCUGCACGAUCCUUCACCGGCCCUCGCUUCCGAGAGUACAACCCGUAUAACUACACCGACAGCAUCAGCACACUGGACAAAGCUGCCCUGAAGGAGGCACUGUAUGAGGACGCCGUGGAGCAGCUGCGGGAUGGCCACCGACAAGAAUGUGUUGAAAACAAGAUCCUGACCUCCAAAAGCUUCCCUGCAGGCCCGGCUGAGCAGCUGGAGCUGGUCGGGGAGCUGCUCAAGGAGCUGUCCCAUGGCCAGGCGGGGCAGCGGGGCCCCGAGGAGCGACGAGGGACCCUCCUGGAGCUACUGAAGGUGGCCCGAGAGGACAGCCUGGUGGUUUGGGAGGAACACUUCAAGACCAUGCUGCUGCUGCUGCUCGAGACGUUGGGAGACAAAGACCACAUGAUCCGGGCACUGGCCCUGCGAGUCCUGAAGGAGAUCUUGAGAAACCAGCCAGCCCGCUUCAAGAACUAUGCUGAGCUCACCAUCAUGAAGACCCUGGAGGCUCAUAAAGACUCACACAAGGAGGUAGUGCGGGCGGCAGAGGAGACGGCCUCCACUCUGGCGAGCUCCAUCCACCCAGAGCAGUGCAUCAAGGUCCUCUGUCCCAUUGUGCAGACGGCCGACUACCCCAUCAACCUUGCUGCUAUCAAGAUGCAGACAAGGGCCGCUGAACGCAUCGGCAAGGAGCCAAUCCAUCAGCUGCUGCCUGAUAUCAUACCUGGACUUCUGCAGGGCUACGACAACACAGAGAGCAGCGUGAGGAAGGCCAGCGUCUUCUGCCUGGUGGCCAUCUACUCUGUGAUCGGAGAGGAGCUGAAGCCUUACCUGGCUCAGCUGACCGGCAGCAAGAUGAAGCUGCUCAACUUGUACAUCAAGAGGGCCCAGACCUCCACCAGCAACAGCAGCAGUUCCUCCGACAUCUCCUCCUACUAACAGCACAGCUUUAACACAGAAACCGUUUCAUUCCAUCAGCUGAUCUGACAUCAUUGCAAAUGGGAUCAUUAUUUCGAUGUUUCUUGUAGGACCAGGCCUUUGCCAAAAACCUCACCUUCCCAACCAGCAUUUCAUUCCGACAGAAGGCAUCUAGAGGAGCUCAUGCUAUCAUGGCUCCGUUUUCCAAACCAUCUUCUUUUUUAUCAGCUUGAAAGCAUUUUGGGAGAGGAGGUGAUCCUGGCAGCUGAGACGCUUCAUAAAGGACCCAGCCCUCUACCUGAAUCCUCUUCUUCCUGCUCCACACUACCACUAGAGUCAUGAGCCUUAAAACUUGAUCGUCCAUCUACAGUACGUACGAUGGAACCAACGUGAUCGUAGAAAACAUUUUUCCUACUCACUCCUUAUUUCAUUUGUCAUUCUUUCGAGUGGAUUUAACAAGCUCGUUGGAGCUGAGGUGAUCCUGAAAAUGACUUCUGAAUGUUGUCUUAGCAUCAUCUUCUUAAACCUUUGAAGGACGAAAGGUGAGUUUGAAAAUCAGUAUUUUUAUUCAUUUCUAAUCACUUUUUUUGCUUUGACACAUCAAACCUUGUCAUAUAGAGAAUAUAAAGAGCUUUGAAUGACCUGUGUGUCUCCUUCCAGAAUUACUGCCUCAUUGCACCUGGUCAAUCAAUAGGAAAGGUUUUGGAAUAGUUUCCAGUUUGUAACUUGUGUAUUUGAUGACAUUUGAGCUGUACUGAGCACUUGAAGAAAGUGGCAUUAUGGACUUUAAAAGGCUCCCUGGGGUCCAUUUGAAGAGUUUAAAUUCCUAAAUCAUGGGCUUUGAUAUUGAAGUCUGUCUGACACCUCGAUGAGCACAGCAGAAGAUGAUGAGUCAGUCAUAAGUCCAAAAUGUGAAAUCAAGUUUGUGAGUUUAUAAUGAAUUAUCAUUUGGCUGGCCAAUGAUUUUAAACACAUUAAAAAAGGUUGUGUUAGUUUAGGUCCAAGUACCUGCAGAAGAAUCAGUGUUAUUUAAAAUAAAGCAAAUGUGCAAAGAUCAGAUUUUAGGGGUGAACCAAGAAAGAUCUAGGCUUAAAUAAUUAACCACCAGUCCCACAGUCCAGUGGUAGAAGACUGGUGGGGAAAGUACAUUUUCUAGCUUCAUGCUGUUUAUUUUUAAAUAUAAACGAUCAUAUGUUUUGUCUGUACAUUGGCUGUCAAGAACUGAAAGGUCACAGAAUCACUGUGCUCAGAAAUAAGAAGUGUAAACACUAGGGAAACGAAGGAAAACCAGUGACGUGCCAACGGCAGCCAUGUUCUCACCUGCCUGGUUUUCAGAAAGAUGUGAAUCUAAAGACCCAGGUUGGAUUUAACUGGGUUCACUCAGGGUCAGGAACCCACACGCUGUCGAGACUACUGUGAUUAGCUGCGUUUCAUUCGAAAUUAUGUGUUGUAUUACAUGUCAAGUGUAAUCUGAAGCUCAAGGUCUAAAUGUCUCUAAAAUCCUCUCAGUAUUUAAAUUUGUCACAGUUGUCAACAGUGAACUAACAACCUGUGGUUCCAGUUUUGCUGUUGCUGACAAACUUGACAGUUUAUUUUUGUUUUAAAGAUGUUUAACUGUUUGGAAGUUGUUCCUAAAUUAAAUGCAAGUCACUUUGAGACUUUGAAAUGUGAAAUGACAAAUGGGCAGUACCUUUAAUCUGUCACAAGGCUGACAGUCUGACUUAUCACCACUACUACUAUUACUACUUCUAAAAGUAAGCAACAGUGUAACUAAGGGAUGAACCAGUGGCUCUCAUUGAAAAUGAUACAAGUAUGAAGGAUAGUGGUGGAUCUUUGGCCAUUAGCAAUAAACUCUGAGAAUCCAUCUUAACAUCACUGUAAAUUCCCAUUGUGUUCCACCUUUGAGAACCUUUCACUGGUCGAUGUACAGAAGUGUCAUUUUUCUAAAGUGGUUAAAUGUUACUGCUGCUUAUUAUAAUACUAACAAAUGUCUAAUAACUCCAGUUCAUGUACUGUAUCUCAGCAGAAAGGGGAUGGAAAACUGAAUGAACUUUCCUGGUGCCCGUCUGGCACCAAAGGCAAGUCCAGACAGAUGCUCCAGUGGAGGUUUAGGACGAGGAUUAGUUUCACCUUUUGCUUGGAGUUAGAUUAGAUCAUUGUCCUUUCUUUUAGCUAAAUAUGAAGCAACAGCCAGUGAGCUAAUGGGCUGCACAGAAGUUGAAACAAGGCUUUUUAUGUCACUUUUAACUUUAAUGUAGUUCUGUUAAAGUACACCAAAGUGUCAGCUGGUCCUACUACUAAUGGAAAAAGUUCUGUUUCGGGGACUUUGCACAUGGUACACCAUGCUGUGAUCUACAAUGCGCGCACAGGUUUUGACAGUAAUUUGGAUGUAACUGCUCAGUCUAGUUUUACAAGAAAUCUCAGAUGAAAAUGAUGAAAUGAAAUAUAUUUUUGUAGCACGUAAAAUGGAAAACCCCAUUGCUAUACUUCUAAAAGGUUCCUGCUGCCUUCUUUCAGCAAAAAGAAGAGAUACACAGCCCUCCUCUUCCUCCAUCUAAUAGGUGUUUUUUUUUGCAGCCCUUUAGCUUAGCACACAGACUGGGAGUAGCUAGUCGGGUUUGUUAACGUGUCCCCAGAACUCACAGUUACCAUUUUUACACUUCAGUGUUUGCACUGAAUUUUAAAUAUAGCACAGCUGUUUCCAGUCUCUGUGCUCCGGCUUCACAAUUGUUCAACACACGUGUAGUGAUUUCUCAUCUAACUCUUAGCAGAAAUGUGAACAUUUUCCAAAAUGUCAAAAUCCAUGUUUAAUGGUGCACAUGCACCCAGAAGGUGAAGGAUGCUGUGGCUGAAUAUUUCCAGGCCCUACUGCAUCUAUUCAGACUCAUUUCCUAGACUGUUAAAUGUCAACCAGUGCUCGUUGUCACUCUUGUUACUCAAAGGAAUUUGGCAACUUGUACCGCUGGACUGAAUGUGUCCUCAGUACCACUGAGGUAUGUCGUCUGGUUCCAGUGAUCCAGUGUUAUCCUGCUGCAGUUUAGAAAGUCAUUUCACUUUACUUUUUGUUUGUACAUUGUGACUUAAAACUUGCAUGUCUGCAUGUGUACUUCACAGGAAUCAAUGUUUGACAAAAGCAGUCAAGCAAAAAGGUCCAAUUUUAAAAGCAUACUUUCCUGAAUGUGUGCCUUUGGGUAGAGAUUUGUGACAGUAUACCUGGUUGGCCUGUACAGUACUAACACUACAGCAAUACACUGCUUCCUAAUGUGAGAACACAAUGUUAUAAUGAAGAGAUUCAAUGCUGUAAAUAAGCUUCCAGCCUGCAGUGAAUUGCUAUUUUCCACUGAAACCACUCUCAGUGCAUGGCUCCUGUUCACUUUACAGUAGUUUAGUAGUUUCAUCUCAUGCUACAUGAUAUUUAUAUUUUAUUUUUCUGUAUAUAUUUACAGUACAUGUUUGGGUCUCUUUCACCUGUGGUAGACUUUGCAGACCUUGCAAUAAACUA